AUGAGUCAGCGAAUUUCCAAGUUUACUGAAGUCUUUGAGCCUUCAUCUGAACUUCUCAAUCAUCCUCUCUCUGUGCCUCCCCCUUCUGACAAGCCUGUCACCUGUUACUUCUUCCUCCCUGUCCUAUCUCGCUGCAUAAGCGAUAAACUCAGCUCAAUGACGUCCGCCAAUUCCUCAGACACACUGUCCUCGGUUGUCAGUGCAGCAAUCAUCCAGGAUGGAUCGCACCGCACAGCGAUGGAGGACAGAGUCAACGACCCAUCGGGCUUGUUUGCCGAUCCUGCAGGUAUGAGUCUCUUGGACAUAUCUAACUUUCGCUCACCUAUCGCAGGUUAUCUGAUUCCCGCCUAUGCCGUAGACGGGGAUAAGUUCCAGGAGAGUGUUCAGCAGUACGAGACCAAGAUGGACGAGGUCAGGGCUGAAUUCGAUGACAUUUGGCUGCAGCUUCAGCUCUUCUGGGAUCUGAUGCUCCGUAUGCAGCCGAACUGCAUCACCUCUGACGCCGAGCACACCAGCCAAGCCGUGAACUUUCUGCUGGACUUCUCCAUCGCUCGUCUUUUUCCUGAUACCAGACCCGACCACGAUCCUGAGAUUGCCUGGGUGCAGACAAAAUGCUUCCGCCGCCGCCUGCGUCAUUUGGAGCUUCUUCUUCGAACUGACAUGAUCAAUUGUGGCAACGCACAGAGCAUGUUGUGCGGGUGCAUCGUAGACGUGAAGCGGCCCAAGUAUAAGAGCAACAUCUGGACGCCUCUCUUCAGCGGCAGCAAUUACGACAGCGACGAAAAGAGCCGUCCUGAUGACAGACAUUAUCGACUGAGGGAUGUAGCAGGUCUCAUCCGCCUUGAAGACUUCCUCACACACAUAUCCCUGGAAUUCGAGCAUCAGCUGGAUACUUCCAAUCCUGACAACAUGUCUGUUAUCGUGCAGACGGCCAUUGGGUUCAUGGACGAUGAGAUAAAGAUGUGUCUCAAAAAGCAGGACUACGUGACUGUUGAAGACCUCAAGACGGAGUGGGUGUACGCUCUCUUCAAUCCCAUCUUCCGCGCUGGUGUGAUCCGCGAGGUGACGAGCAUUGUCAGGGACGCCCUAGCCUUUCGAAAGAAGCAUAGUAACUCGGCUCAUCGAGCGGCUUGUGAGCUCUGGGCUCCCAAGCCUAAGCUUGCGCAGCGUUUGACUUUCCAGAGAAAGGCCUCCAACUCUGAGAAGUAG